AUGGCCAAAUAUAAAAAUCAUUAUGGCCUACUCUACUGGUUGACCAGGAAGCCAAGCAGUCUUCCACCAGGACGAUGGGGUCUCCCAAUCAUUGGGUACAUCCCUCUCUAUACCAAUAAUACCCGAAAAAUCGUCAGUGAUCUUAGAGAACAAUAUGGAGAUAUAUUUACUUGGAAAAUUGGCAGCCAUGUGUUUGUGGGCUUCUGUGAUUACGAACUGAUAAAGACCACAUUCAGUAGGCCUGAAUGUCAGGGAAGGCCUUACGUGUUUUCUUUCGACAUGGUUAAAUUUCACAGUAAUGCAGGAAUUGUAAGUUCAGUCGGUGAUGUCUGGGUACAGGGCAGGAGGUUUGCCCUCAGACACCUGAAGGAUUUUGGCAUGGGAAAGUCCUCCUUUGAGGGUGUCAUCCAGUACGAGGCUCAGAACCUUGUAGAGACUUUUGAGAGGACAGCUGGGAAACCCAUAGAAAUAUCCUGGUGUCUCAAUGUCGCUGUGUUGAACGUCAUCUGGAAGCUUGUAGCAAAUAUAAGGUACAACACGGAUGACCAAGAAAUAAUAAAAUUUAGUGCCUUCUUGAAACAGAACAUAGAAUUAAUCCAAGGGAGAAUCCAGUGCUUUGUGGGAAAAAAAAAUACAGGAUUUAUUUCUGUUUUUCAGGAAAUUAUAGAGAAUCACAUCAAGAUGCUGGACCAAAACAAUCCUAAGGACUACAUAGAUGCCUACCUCAUAGAAAUUCAGAAAGAGAGGGGCAGCCUUAGUACUAUAUUCAAGGAUGAUUUCAGCUCUCCAGCCUCUCCAACAUUACUUCUUAAUGCAGUUGUGGGAUAUUCUGUCAGUUCCUCCUCAAGAUCCUUGUACAUAUGUCAACUGGUCACAACCACCCUCAGCGACCUUUUUGGUGCAGGAAGUGAGACAACUUCAUCUACCAUCCGAUGGCUGAUUGCUCUCUUGGCCACCCAUCCUGAAAUACAGAGAAAAAUGCAGAAGGAAAUUGAUGAGGUGGUUUUCAAUGGGACACACCUCCCUUCCCUUCUCCAUGAUAAGGACAGGUUAGUGGUGCUAUGUGAAAAGUUACAUUAA